AUGCGUGAGAAGGUCAAGGCACCGCGCGGCCUCUUCACAGAGGUUGCCCUGGACAACCUGGCCACCUGCCACUCGCGUAAAACAUAUUGGGCGCACUCGCAGAGCAUCAUGACCAAUGGUCUCAGCAAGGGCACGCGCAUUUAUAAACGCAUGGGGGCGCGGCGGCGAGCGCAAUGGCAGCUGCGCGGCCCCGGCAGCCACCGCAGCAAGGAAAGCAGCGCCGGCUUUGAGCUUUUGAAAAGCAGCCGGGCUUUCUGCGGGUCGCGCACCUCCAUCGGAGGAGAAUCUGUCGACAAGGUCACCCGCGAGUGCUCCAUCCACGCCGGGUUCGCACGGCAACGCGCCUGGAUGCAUAGGCCCGCUCGGAGCGCCGGCGCCCUCGAACUGCGCGCGCUGGCUGCCAAGACCUUUCUGAGUGAAGCCGCCGCGCUCCGCCGCGGGCGGGCGGGCCCGGGCGCCGCCGCGGACCUCGCGGAUCCCCCGGGCCUCGGCGGGGGCGCCCCCGCCGGCGCCGCGCCCGCGGCGCCGCCCGCGGGCGCGGCGCUCCUCGCGCGGCUCGCGCUGCUCGGGGCGCUCGCCGCGGUCGGGCGGCCGCGGGCCCGGGCGGCGGCGCCGCCGCCUGCGGCGGCUCCCCUCGCUGCGCAGCGGGCGCGGCCCGCGGCGGUCGCAGUCGUUGCGCGGGCCGCAGCGGUCGUGCUCGCGCCGGAGCGGGCGCGGCCGAGGGCGCUCGCGCUCGCCCGGCGUGCCGCGCAGGGCGCAGGUUGCGGGCCCGCCGGGCCGCUCGAUUGCCUGAUCAAGAAGCGCCAGCUGUGCCGCUUCUUCGCCAGGGACGCCUGCGCGAAGGGCGUCUUCUGCAUCUGGGCCCACGGCGAGGCCGAGCUCGAGCUGGCGGCGCCGCCGUCUGGCCCGUGCGCCCGGAAGACGAGGCUGUGCAGCCACUACGUCGAGGGCUGGUGCGCCCAGGGCAAGCUGUGCCCGUUUGCGCACGGCUCGGACGAGCUGCGCAAGGACCCGAGGGACAAGUCCGCCCAGCGGCCGCAGCAGACGGGCGCGUGGCUCGGCCGGCGUCACGACCUGGACGCCGCUGUGAUGAUGGCAGCCGGCCCGGAGAAGCUGGAGCAGCUGACAGACGUGCAGAGGCACCUUGCCUCGGCGGGCGUCAGGGCCAGGUCGCCUCCCGCGGAGCGGCGGGGCGUCCCCGGGGGUCGUCGGCGCGCGGUCGGCGAGCUCGGGGGCCCCAGAGGCGACUACGAGAUCUGUGGCUCGAACCACGACCGGCCCGCAUUCAAGAGCGUGGAUUGCGGCCAGGGCUUCGAGUCCUUCAUCUACUUCUGGGACGACCGCGACGGCCCCGACUUCUCCGGCUGGUGGAUCGGGCCUGCGCUCGGCGGCCAGGACGUGUGGGUCCGCCACCUCGGAUCGCCCUCGGACAGGUGGCCUCCCAGGAGCGGCUGGCUCGCGCCGCACGACGGCCCCUUGGACCCCCACAUGGUGGUCGAGCCCGCGGAGGAGCAGCUGCCCGCCAGCACGCCGGGUCUCCCCGCGCUGGCCGACGAGCCCAGCAGUGCCGCGGCGGCCGCGCGCUCUGCGCGGCAGGCCUCGGCCCCGCGGCCAAAGCUGGAGGGCGGCAUGGCUGCGAGGCAGGAGGACGACGCGAGGGUGAAGGUGGACGGCGGCGCGAAGGUGAAGUCCGAGGGCGAGACGGACCGCAGACUGGAGCUGGCUGCGCUGGAGAGCAGCCUGGAUGCUGUGCACAAGGAGAGCGAUGAACAGAUGAAGCACAUGCUGGAGUUGCAGCGCAGCAUGCAGGAACUCCAGAAGAGCAUGGAGGACCGACGAGACCGUGAGGAGCAGAUCCAGAAGAAGAUGCGAAGCUUGCUUGCUGUCAAGACCGAGGCCUAG